AGGAAGGUAGCGGAGUUCGACUCGUGCCGGGUUGCGAGCCGCACACGGUUCGUCGAUCGUUCACCUCGCGCGCAAACGAGGGGAAGUUUCUCGCUGACGAGAAGCGCAGCGGUGCGACGCGGGGCCGCGCGAAUUUUCGCCCUCGUCGCCGUCCCGUUUGACGGCGAUAUCGCAAUUAUCGCAUCGUGAUUUUGCAAAUUCGCGGGACAAAUAACGAGAUACUCUCGGGGGAAUCGGUGGCGCGAAUCGCGCUCUGCGAGGAGGAGCGAGUAUACGCGCAUAACUUGUCUUAUCGCGUGAUAGUGCAGAGGAGAAUACUUCACAGUGGCAUUUCACGAGGCAGGCAGAACAGUAGGGACGAAUUACGCCACGUUCGCCGACGGCGGAGAAUGAUCCGGGCGGGGAAGAAACGUUGAAGACUCUAUCUAAAGGGGGGAACGAUAUAAACCGUGCCGGGGCUGAAAGCGCAGUGAUUUAUACGGCGCUAUCAUAAGUUCGCGACCGGGAGAAGAAGGUGUGUGUCGGUGUACGUGUGUGUACGUGUGUUCUCGCGGUAUGACCAGUCACGAGUGAAGCUCCCGGGUACCCCGACGUCCAUUCUCGCGGAAUCACACGGACACACGUGCGAUUCCGGAAAGAUGAUACGCGACUACCUGAUACUGCUCUCAUGGCUCUGCGCGGUCCAAGGGAAAAUAGGAUAUUUCUGGCAUAUCACCGACCUUCAUUACGAUCCAAAGUAUUCUACUCAAGGAAACACUGCCACUAUGUGCUGGAACACGAAAAACAACGUCGACGGCGUAGGACGGAUAAGGCUCGACAGAAAACUAGCGGGCAAGUUUGGCGACUACAACUGCGACUCGCCCUGGGCUCUGAUCGACUCGGCGGUGCGGGCGAUGAAAUCGAAGCAGGGCGGCGAAGGGAUCGAGUUCGUCCUGUGGACGGGUGACGCGCUGACGCGCACCGCUGGCAUGAACGCCGAGCAGCGUCUGCAGUGUUUGCGGAAUCUGACCGAUCUGUUGCACCGCGCGUUCAAGGGACAAUUCGUGUUUCCCGCACUCGGCCAUGAAGACAUGGGCGUGAAUUACACGCAGCUCGCGAAUCUCUGGCAGCAUUGGCUACCACCGGAAGCGGUGGACACUUUCGUGAAGGCCGGCUACUAUACGAUCGAGCAGCGCUCGAAAAAAUAUCGGAUCGUCUUCCUUAAUACGAAUUUGUGGCUGAACCCACUCGACAGCCGUAUGCUGCAUCGUGCCGGAAGCAGCACGGUCGAUAACACGCAGGAUCCCUUCGGCCAAUGGUCCUGGUUCCAGUCGGUGCUCGAGAAUGCGCGGAAGAAGAAGGAGGCGGUGUACAUAGUCGGCCACACACCGCCGGGGAUGGACGACCAUGAAAGCGGCGCUGUGGCUCUCAACGAAAGACACAACACAAAAUAUCUGCAGGUGGUGCGGCUCUACUCGGACAUUAUUCGAGGACAAUUCUUCGGCCAUUGGCAUUCGGAUACAUUCCGCGUUAUUUACAGCGAUACAGGUUUGCCCGUAUCUUGGAUAAUGAUGGCUCCCAGCGUAACGCCGAGCACCGGCGGGGGGCCCAACAACCCGGGCUUGCGACUGUACAAGUUUGAAACUAACACCGGACAGAUUCUGGAUUACACGCAGUACUAUCUUAAUCUGCCCGAAGCAAAUUCGAACGGUAAAGCGAACUGGGCGUCCGAGUACUCAUUGCUCGACUAUUACAAUCUGGAUGAGAUAUCGGCGAUCAGUCUUCACGAUCUGGCGGACCGAUUCACGCAGUCCAGCGAUUACGCCUUCGUCAGGUAUUACGCGGCCAACACGGUCUCGUUGCCGCGCGAGGUGGAGCAAAUCUGGGGCUGCGGCGGUCCGCUCAACGGAGUCUGUGCGCUGCAUCAUUACUGCACCGUUACGAGGCUCAAUCCCGAGUCCUACAGGGAAUGCUACUCGUUGUACGCUUACGCCCUGGCGUCCACGGGAACCUACACUGUGCGUCUCUACUUCGCGCUGCAUCUGCUAAUCCUACUGAUCUGCGCCGACGAGAUCCUGAACAACCGGUAGGAUGAACGGGACGAGAGAACUCCCGGUAGUACGGGCUACGCCCCGCGUCGGCUCUCCACGACUACGGUCUGCGUUUUCUCCCUGGCAGAAUCCGAUCGGGAUACAUCAUCGUCAUUGAUCGGCCGCGGAUCGGAUCGGUCUAGGAGCGGUCCACGAGUUAAGGCGAACGCGUCUAGCGAUUACGACGUUCACGCCGCCCGGUGUGUCAUCUACUUUGUCUAUGUCUCUGUCGUGUCUCCGUCUUCUCCUUGUCGCGCCACCGAAAUUGUUCAGGCGCGCGCUCUCGUUCCGUCGUGUUUGAUGUUUGCGUGUGUUCGCCCGUGCGCGCGUUUUCAACUGAGGCUGUAAAGAAUCCGAAUUCCGGACAGAGAUAUACGGAUACUCAAAAAACUCAAACACUGCCUCAAUUCGACAUUGAGAUUGAGUAAUUUGGAUAGUAUCCGCGUAAUUUGGAUAGUAUAAGCAUUCGAAUAAUUUUCAGUAUCUCGGACAGUUCGAAUAAAUCGAAUAAAUUGAAUAAUUUAGAUAAUUGGUGUAUUAAAAUAAUUCGAGUCGUGAAUCUCGUAUUCGUAUUUAUUCGAAAUAUCCGAAUGGGGAAACUGGUUUUAUUUGGCUAAAUCAAGCACGUUGCUCAAUAAUUCUAUCUUAAAAAUCAAUCAAUUGGUUGUAAAUAGAAAUCACUUAAAAAGUUGAUUUUUCGAUAGCCAAUUGUUUGUGUAAUUGCUUAGAUUUUUCUACUUUUUAUAUUUUUAUGUGUAUCGGAAAAUAAAAUUAUUAGAAUUUUUUUCUUAACACUCUUGGAUAAUUUUACUACAAAUAAAAUUCUAUAUACAGAAUAUAUAAACAAUUGAUGUCAUAAUCUAUAAAUUCUUAGACUUUCAGAUCUGUAUUUAUCAAACUGUUUCUAUUUUAUCUAUACAUAACGAAACAUGGGAAAUUAUGAGCAAUGUCAGGCUAAUUCAUCGAAGAUCCAACCAUCCCUAACUGAAGAACAAACUAAAUAUUUACAGCCCUAAGUUGCAAGUUAUUCGCGCGGGAGUAAUUUGCUGCGUUCCUUCGGCGCGAUUGCAACGCCGUUGCAAUAAAAAAGAAAAAAAAAGAAGAUCGCGUCGAAAUCAUUCCUUUCGUCUUCGUCCGCAAGUUUCACGAGCUCUCGAGCAUAAAUCGCCGAUCGUAGCGUCUCGCUCAGCGCGGCGAUCCGAGUGUUUCGCGGUCGCGAAAACAAUCCGGGGAUGCGACGACCGCCCUCGGCGACGAGAGUUGGUAAAAACGGAUCGAGGAAGUCCGUCGCGCCGCAUUCCCGGAUACUCACUGCCGGUGUGUCUCGCGGCACGCUUAUAUUCAAAUGUAAUUAAAGUUUUACACGGAGGACUUUUACGCCGCUUCGUAAUCCAAUGUCAAAACUCCGGAACACCGCGCUGGAAAACGCUCCGAGCAAAGUCGACGACUCGAGAAGGAGGCUGCGUCGAAGCUCUGUCAUAGCUUAAAGAUUAUAUUCGUACUACCAUUUCGCGAUAUUGUCGGAACGAUGCAGUAUUUCUUAAUAAAGGACUCAUGGAUUUGUAA